CCCCUCCUGUCGUCGUUGCUCUUAUCUUAUCCCAUCCUCACCCAUUUCUUCUUUCUCUCUCUCUUACAAGUUGCUGCUGAGUUGGUGUGUCCUUGUUCUUGGACGGACACAUAUCCAUUUUCCAUCCGAGAUUUCCUCCCUCCUAGCUACCGCGCGCGAGCUGGCACCACCGUCCGGAUCGCCGGAUCCUGAAGCUUGGACAUGUCGACGGCGGUGGCGUUCCAGGCCUACGGCGGCUUCCCCGGAUCGGGCGGCAAGACCAAGGACGGGGAGGUGCUGCUGGCGACGAAGAAGAUGAGCGACGCGUUCUUCAUCGAGGAAGACGAGGCGGAGGAGGUGCUGACGGAGAGCUCGUCGAUCGGCGCGCCGUCGCCGUCCAGCUCCUCCAUCGGGGAGGACUCCUCUUCUGAGGCUGGCGACGACGGGGAGGAGGCCGAGGUGGAGAGCAAGCUCAAGCAGGAGCCCGGUCUCGGGUGCCUGGAGGCUCUGGAGGAUUCUUUGCCCAUCAAGAGCGGGCUGUCCAGCUUCUACGCCGGCAAGUCCAAGUCUUUCACCAGCCUGGCGGAGGCGGCGGCGCGGGAGGCCGUGAAGGAGCUGGCCAAGCCGGAGAACCCGUUCAACAAGCGCCGCCGCAUCCUGGCCACCUGGUCGCGCCGAGCCUCCUGCAGCUCCCUGGCCACCGCCACCUACCUGCCCCCGCUGCUCGCCCCGGACCACGCCCUCCACGAGGGGGACGAAGGCGAGGAGGACGACUCCGACGGCUCCGACUCCGACGAGCAGCCGCAGGAGGGCCACCGCGGCAAGAACGGGAGGGAGGCGCCCGCAUUGCCGCCCCCGAUGCUCAGCUUGCACUCCCAGAUGGGCGGGGCGGGGGCGGCGAGGAGGAGCGGAUCCUUCAGGUCGCCGAGGUCCUACUCGCUGUCAGAUCUUCGAAAUGGCGUUACUGGUGCCGCUAGUUACAACAAUCAGUAGCUGCCAAUUCGCAGUCAGCUCGUCUGAUCUCUCCUCCUCUCUUUGGCCAGUAGAGUUGUCACCGCUUACUAAAUUAUAUAUAUAAGUAAUUGCAAAA